AAUGGGAGGAGAGGAGACAUUGAGUUGGAUAUGGCUUAAUAGGACACUCCUAUUAACCACUUUUAACCAUUUUCUUCACCUUCACCAACUGCCUCUCUCAUUUAUUUAUUAUGCGCAUAGUGAAGAAAAAGUGAUACAUAGCGAACACAACACAAAAAAACAGAUGAAGAGUUAAAAGAGAGAUUGAUGGUGGGUAUUGCUCCGAAGUAGAGCUAAGUAGCUACAACAAAAAUUCAUAAUUCCUUACUCUCGCCGCCAUGGCUGGUCUUCAAAGAUCUGCAGUGUCCUUCAGGAGGCAGGGUUCUUCUGGCUUUGUUUGGGACGAUAGGUUCUUAUCAGAGGAAUUGAACAAAGUCAACAACCAACACCAAAACAACGACGACAACAACGACACCGAUGAGAUUAAAGACCUUCAACUUCAACCAGCGCCGCCCCUCCAGAGAACCCGCUCCAACGGCGGAACGCGCGCCUACCGCACCGGAAAAGUCUCGCCGGCGAUCGAGCCUCCGUCUCCCAGACUCUCUGCAUGCGGCUUCUGCGCCGCGUUUGGAAAAGCACCGCCACGGGACCACAACAAGGCGCAGCGGACUAAACCCGCCAAGCAUCGAACGAGGUAGACGACGGUGGUUUCAGGCGACGGAGAGAGAAUAUUCCGGCCAGGUUUCUACUCUUUUGGUUUUAUGAUGUAAUGUCUUUUACUUUUAGGUUUGUAGGGUAGGGCCGGUUGAGUUGAAUUGAUGUUAAAUUAAGAACAUAAUCAUGAGUCAUCACUUCUCUGUUACUUCUUCUCUCUUCAUUUCACUCUAUACUAUGUUCAGAUUUAUUAUUAGUUUGUUUUUUCAUCAUUGAAA